AUGAAAAGAAAAGCUUGUUUGAUCGAAGCAUUUGAAUCGGAUUUCAAUUCGGUCAAAACGAGUUUCGAAAAGCAAGUUAUAAAAAAAUAUAAAGACUUGGACAAAAUGUACAAAAAUACGAUUUGGUACAAAUCUUUAUUGGAUGCUGAGAAAACGUCCUUGAAAGAAGACAAAAUUCGUAAAAUUCACUAUAAAUUUGAAGAUGAUAGAGAAAUGGUUGAGGAAUACAACGUAGACACGCAUGUCCUGCUGAGGAGAUCUUGGAAGGUAAAGGGAAAGCUAGGAAGUGAAGGGAAAUGGGAUGUGGAAAUUGGUGACCCUAUACCAGAUGGAAUACAGUCAAUUGAAUCCACUGAAAUAGUGGAAUCAAAAGAUCAGCCUAUAGUGAUGAGACGUAAUACUAGAGUCAACUUAGAAUGGAGGAUAAGAAAUCUUCCAUAUCCCAUUGAAACCUACUGUAUAAAGGCCAAUAAUGAAGAUAAAUUUAUCAUUUUAAGUACAACAAAUAAAAAAUAUUAUAAAAAGCUUCAAAUCCCUGAAUUAACAAGAUUGGGUUUGAGCAUUGAACAGGCUAACAUUCAAUCGUCACAUAAGUACAAUACCUUAAUUAUAAUGUACAAGAAACCUCAACAACUAUUAGAUAUGGAAAAGGAUUGGUAUCAAGAGUUGGAUAAAGUAAAACCAGUGAAAGAUAUACCAAAUGAAUGCAAAACACAAUAA